AUGCGCGCUGCGCAAGGCUGCUUGUUGUUCCCGCAGAGAGGCGAGAAGAUGGCGGCCGUGUCAAGCGGAGGUGCUGCUGGGUCCGCUGCGGCCGGGAUUACGCACUCUGCCCGACCGACCCACGCAGUAAUGGGCUCCCAGAACCGAGCCCAGCCAUCCUCCGGGAUCAGCCACUCCAGUCGUACCAGCACGGCCACUGGGUGCAUCACCAAUCCUGGCCACACUUCGGCCAACAGGCCCCCCCCAGCCCGAGUGGGCCACUAUGAAAUCGAGCGGACCAUUGGCAAGGGAAAUUUCGCGGUUGUUAAACUAGCCACACACAUCAUUACCAAAGCAAAGGUGGCUAUAAAAAUAGUGGAUAAGACCCAGCUGGACGAUGAGAACCUGAAAAAGAUCUUCAGAGAGGUGCAAAUCAUGAAGUUGCUGAAGCACCCCCACAUCAUCCGCCUCUACCAGGUGAUGGAGACGGAGAGGAUGAUCUAUCUGGUCACAGAGUACGCUAGCGGUGGAGAGAUAUUCGACCACCUGGUGGCUCACGGGCGUAUGGCAGAGAAGGACGCCAGAAAGAAGUUCAAGCAGAUUGUGGCAGCUGUCCAUUUCUGUCACUGUCGCAACAUCGUCCACAGAGACUUAAAGGCUGAGAAUCUGCUCCUGGACCACAACCUCAACAUCAAAAUCGCAGAUUUUGGCUUCAGUAACCUGUUUUCUCGAGGCCAGCUGUUGAAGACAUGGUGUGGCAGCCCUCCCUAUGCUGCACCAGAACUCUUUGAGGGCAAGGAGUAUGACGGACCGAAAGUAGAUAUAUGGAGCUUAGGUGUGGUGUUGUAUGUGUUGGUGUGCGGCGCCCUGCCUUUUGAUGGCAGCACUCUACAAAAUUUGCGGGCACGUGUCCUCAGCGGCAAGUUCCGUAUCCCCUUCUUCAUGUCCACAGACUGUGAGUACUUGAUCAGACACAUGUUAGUUCUGGAGCCCAGCAGACGGUUAACCAUGGAGCAGAUCUGUAAGAACAAGUGGAUGAGACAAGGAGACCCAGAUCCAGACUUCGACAGGUUGAUAGCAGAAUGUGAGCAGGUGAAGACAGAGAGAGACACAGAGCUCAUCAACGAGCAGGUGCUGAUAGCCAUGUCUGAGAUGGGCCUGGAUCGAGAACGCACGCUUCAGUCUCUACAAACAGAUGCAUAUGAUCACUACAGUGCCAUCUACAGUCUACUGGCUGACCGCCUCAAGAAACACAAGACCCUGCGUGUUGCCCAGCCCACGCCGCGCUCCAUUUAUCCCCUUAAUGCUGUACAGCAGACAGAUCCACAGGGUAAUCCUGUUAGCAUGACCGUUCCCCAUGUCCAGCUCAUCAACCCAGAGAACCAGAUUGUUGAGCCGGAUGGCAGCAUGGCACUGGACAGUGAUGAAGGAGAGGAGCCAUCUCCUGAGGCCAUGGCUCGCUACCUUUCAAUGAGGCGGCACACUGUGGGGGUACCAGACCAAAGGACAGAGAUGCAGGAGGACCUCCAGAAAUUGCCACCGGGUUUCCCACGCGGUGCAGUGCCCCAGCCUCCUUUCCCCCCACUGGCCCCCACUAUGGGCCAAAUGCACACUCUCAUGCCCACACAGAGCCUGCAGCCCACACAGCAGCUGGAGUACAAGGAGCAGUCGUUGCUGCAGCCACCUACUCUGCAACUGCUCAACGGCAUGGGGCCUCUGGGUCGAAGAGCUUCCGACGGUGGGGCUAACAUUCAACUACACGCUCAGCUCCUCAAGAGGCCCCGGGGGCCCUCACCACUUGUCGCCAGCCCACACCCGAUCCCUGCAGUAGCUCCGGUGGAUGAGGAGGGUUCGGAUGGAGAGCCAGACCAAGAGGCGGUACAGAGGUACCUGGCGAACCGCUCCAAGCGGCACACGACGCACGCGCUAAUGAGCACAUCGCAUGGCGAGCCCUCGGCAGAGUCACAGCGGCCCCAGGGCCCCCGCCAGAGGGGGGGCUGGGCCCCCGACAUACACACCCGAUCCAGCUAUAAGGACUGUAACACCCUUCAUCUCCCCAUGGAGCGCUUCUCACCUGUCAGACGGUUCUCUGACGGCGCCGCCACCAUCCAGGCCUUCAAGGCUCAUCUAGAGAACAGCAGCCUCAUUAAGCAACUCAAGCAGGAGUGUGAGCAGCUCCAGAAAAUGUACGCUGCCCAGCAGGAUGAGCGACUCCUGGAGCACACCCAGCAGCAGCAUAUCCUCUACCAGCAAGAGCAACAAAUCCUCCACCAGCAAAUCCAGGGUCUGUCUUUAGGCCAUGGAGAGAGCCAGCCUAGUCACCUAACCCACCAGCUCCAGAGGUUGCGUAUCCAGCCCUCCAGCCCUCCGCCAACACAUCCCAGCAACCACCUCUUCAGACAGCCCAAUCAGAGCCCUCCGCCUGGCUCUGCAGGCAUAAUGCAAGGGCAUGGAGGUCCAUCACCAGUGCAGUACCAGCACGGUGCUCCAGCGCUCUACCAGGGCCAGAGUGGCAGCCCACCUCCCACAGCCCUGCCUCGAGUCACUCUACCGACAAAUCAACAAGCACCAUCUGCCCGCCCCACUGUCCCAUUGGCACAGGCGGUACCUCAACAACAGCAGGUGACCAUUCAGGUGCAAGAAGUGGAGCUGGGAGGUGGGGCACAGAGACAGGGCAGCUUUCUGUCCACGCCAGGGGGACACAGGGUCCUCGGGAAGCAGCUGAGCGCAGACAACGCCGAGAUGCACAGUCGCAGCCUUGGCCGCUUCACAUCGGGCUACGACCAGGCCCAUUUCAAUCCCCACCUCUUCUCUGGCGACACAGCUGCCUCUCGGGGCGCUUCCGGGGUGGUUGGCUCUUUUAGUCCCUACCUGCAGGGAGCCUCCCUCAAAGUCCCCAGCCUGGAGGGUUACCAGAGCGGGGCGGUGGGGACUGGCAGCUAUGGCACCCCCUCUACACUACAGCAGGCCCUGCUCUCCCCAACUCCUUUGGACUACCGCCCCCCACAACAGCACGUCACUCCCACCCUGCAGGGCCUCCUGUCCCCCCGCCACUCUUUAACAGGCCAUGCUGAUCCCAGGCUGCCCCCCCAAGACCUGGCUGCCCUGCUGAAGAGGCAGAGCCCCCGCUCAUGUCCAGCACCCCCCACACCACCCAGCGGUCCACCCCAAGAGUAUGGAGAGAUGCUGCUUCUCCACCAGCUGAGCCAGGGUGAGAGCUUGGAGCCACCGGCGCCACAAGGUGCCUCCGGAGGCCAGCACUACCUCCACCUACUCCAGAUUCGAACCCCGGAGGUCCAGCCUCAGCAGCACCCAGCCCAGGCACCUUGCUCCAGCUUACCUCACUCGGAGAGCAUGGAGGAGGAUGAGGUGCCGACUGGCUACCACCACCCACACGAGGGCUUGCUGGCCAAGGCGGCAGAAGGUCAUGAGCUCCUGGGGCCUCCCCGAGGAGGCACCCCACCCUACAGCUCCCCUACACACAGGCAUGGCGGCUACAUAAGGAGUGCUCAAGCAACUAGAGAACCUGAGCAUGUGGAGUGCAGGCCCCCGGGGCAGGCCAUGGAGGUGCCUGAUCAUAAUGGUGUGGGCUAUUCACGAGGUCCCCAGGGUGACGCCUAUAGGUCCCGUGGACAGCUACAGCGCCACCACACCAUCCAGACCUGUGAUGAUGCCUAUGACCAGGCAGAGCCCAUGUCUGGGAUGAGCCUUUUGGCUGGAAAGGCAUUAAGCUCCGCUCGCAUGUCAGACAUCCUCAGCCAGACGUCACUGACAGGAAGCCAGCAGCUGCACCAGCGGGAAGAGUCAGUGUGUGAUGUCGAAGGGGACCUCCACGCGGCAGCCUGCUACCCCUCCUCCUGCACCAGUGACAUGCUCCUCAGCUACAAGCCCCCUGACCUGCAGUACAGCAUGGAGCAGGCUGGGGUCUAGCACAGGAAAGUGUGUAUCCUGUGUACAGCGGUCCAUAUCAGCCAUCCUGAGUUGUGUUGACUUGAGUUGAGCAGCAUCACGCCAAACCACCGUCGUUUGCCCAAACAGGGGGCACUCUACGUCCAUCUGUCUGUCUCCAUCUGUCCGUGGGAGGGCAGUCUGCGUGAGAGAGGGGGAGUGUGGGUGGGUGUAGACAUCAGAGGGGUGGGGGGGGUCACAGGUGGGGCGUCAGGGUUCAAAGGUCAAAGUGCCAGCAUUUUCUGCACAGACAUCCAGCAUUCAUUGUCGCAGUUUGUCUGCUCCUUUUCACUCCCCAUCGUGGGUAGAUUGGGUUUCCACUCCUCUCCUCUUUCAACUCGACCCCCUCACCUCCUCCCCUUACAAACCUAGCCCACCCCACCCCCGUCCCACACCCACCCGCUGCCCUGACCUAAACCUCCCCUUUCAUCCUUUGUACUCUUAACUGUUGGCAUACUUCAUUAUGUGCCUCAUUGGCCAAUGAAUUGAUACAGUCACACUCGCAAGACCAUGGAGUCCAACAUACACAGUGCUGCCACAAACCCAAAGUAUUCACAUUAGGUGUGUGUGUGAUUGUGUGUGUGAUUGUGUGUGUGAUUGUGUGUGUGAUUGUGUGUGUGUGUGUGUGUGUGUGUGUGUGAGUGUGAGAGAGAGAGAGAGAGAGAGAGAGAGAGAGAGCAUGACUGAGAAGAAGGGGUGAGCAUAGGGGAAAGGUAUCCAUGAGGUUCAGUCUGCUCCACCCUCUCUCCCCCCUCCUGCUGACCUGCAGCAGAUCAUUCCGGAGCGGGCUGAAAUCUCGGCGGCGGUCACUUUUUGGCCGGGUGGCGGGUGUUUUGGGUCAGGCUCCAAUUGGGCAACAAAAACGCUCUCUCCAAAGAUGGAGCUCAGUGACAUCGCACAGGACAAACCAGCUCUCAUUGUUUUUUGGGUUUUUUUUUUUUUUUGUUGUUCUGGCAUUCAUUUUCUUUUUUAUUUUAUUUUAAAAUUAAUUUUUACGGCUAAUGUCCAUGAAGGCAUUAUGGUCAAUAUUGUUACUCUUAUUGUUAUUACUGUUUUCUGUAAAAGAAGUUUUAUUAUAAUGGAUAUUAUUACUAUUAUUAUUAUUAUUGUUAUUAUUAAAGGAAAAACAGUUCUGUGUUGCAAGGAAGACAACAUUGUUCUUUGAUUACUUAAGUAAUUCUGCACUUUCGGUUCAAGCUAUCCUCUCUCUCUCUCUCUGUCUGUUUCCACCCCUCUUCACAGUCCCUCGCUCUCUGUCAUGCUGUUACCCUGCUUUUCAAUUCCACUAGCCCCACCCCUUCCGACCCUAACUUUCCCCACCUUGUGUUCCCCCUUUUCUCCAUCCCUCUUCCUCCUUACCCAUGUCAGUGACAGUGUAUUGCAUUGUGGGUAGUUUUACCAGACAUUUGCUCCUUUCCUUGUACAGUGAUGCCAUGUAUAGAACGCUAUUGCAAUUUCUGUUUUUUUGUUACUUUUUUGUUUUUAGAUGUUGUUGGGGAGGCUUUUUUAUAUUGGUCUUGUUUAUCAUUUGUAUUUUUGGAUGUCUUCAAAGUGUUUUUCUUUUUGUUUUAUGAAUCUUUGAGAUUUCUAGCCAAAAGAGGACAGAGAGAAGAGAGACAGUGCUCUUUCUGUCUCGUAAAAAAAGAUUGUUCUUAUUUGUUUUAAUAUUAUUAUAUCGAGACACUUGAAUAAGAGGAGAGUAAUUAUUUUGUGUUGCUCUUAAAAGUAUCAUUUCAGUCGUUGAUGUUGUUGUGACUGUCAUUCUUGUUGAUGUUGGGCCUGUUUUCUGUUAAUGGGGUAGUUGCGGCAGGCUAUACAGGGUCAGGCUUUGGGCUUUGUCUGGGUUGGUUCGGGUGCUACAGAGACUUGACACUCUAAAAAAGAGAAGAAAAAAAAGACAAAAAACGAGGGAAUAACUUGUAAAAUAGCUGACAUAUCAUCCUAAACAUCACAAGUGUGGAGACGGACAAACCCUCUUCUUUCUCUCUCUUACUGCCCUUACCUGUCUGCUGUGAUCCGCCCACCACCUUUUAUUACAUCGGCUUCUGAUCAGACGAAGCAUUACGGACAUGGCCCCCUCCUUCCAAGCUAACCUUGUUACUAUGGCAACCAAGGAGGAAUCUACAACUACUAUUACUCAACCGCCCUCUCCCCUCUUUUGCUUUUCUUUAACUUAUAUCGUUUCAGCGCUCCUUGCUUUGCCCCUCUCCUCCUCCUACUCCUCCUCACCCCCCAAACCUCCCAAGCCUGUAAGGGACGAUCGGAGGAAGCAACGUUUCAUGAAUGGUUAAUGGAUCCUGUCUUAGUUGGAUACACCUGGACACACCUCCAAACCAUAAAAGGGAAACAUUUCCAGGAGGCGACCAUAGGAAGGAAUCGUUUAAAUUCUUCCACGGCAGAGGAAUACAAGGUUGUGGUCAGAGCAGGGCAAGGUGCGCCCACCUUAAACAUGUCUACCAUGGUCUGUGCACCCUUAGCUGAAUGAGGCUAAAGCACAGCCAGAUGGAGGCUGCAGCACACUGGGGACCACAGCAGAGGAUUGAAACCCUCCCCCCGUUUCUUUUAGAUUUUUUUUUUUUUUUAAGUUUUAUUAUUUUCUCUCUAUUUAUCCUCCCAUAUACUCUACCCCUGCAUAUUGAGUCUAUAAUUGUCCAGCAAGAGACUGGUGCAAAGAAUAUAGCUCCACUUGUAUGUGUUUAUACUGGCCAGAUUUCACAGUACCUGGCUGCAUGGUUGACAUAUUGUUUGCUAUAUGCAUCUGAGAGCUGUAGGUGGUGUCAUGCAGCACCUGUGGUUUCCAUUCACAUCAUGUCACUUCCUGUUUACCAGCAUUCGCUCUUACUCAGAUGUGAUGUAAUUAGCUUCUAAACAAGAGUGCAUACAGGAGUAAUCGGUGAGAGUGGGACAGAUUCAUGAAAUUAACUGGAUCUGAUGCAUUUUCUGUUUCUUCCCAAAAGUCAGUUGAUGUCUCAUUGGGCAGAAGAAGCUUUUCCUCAUUUCAUCAAACUUUCCCCUCCAGCUCAUUUGUUCCUCUUUCAGAUCUUUCCUCUCGUUUUCUCUCAUUGUUUACACCAAGCCAAAACUGAGAUCUGGAAGAGAAUGAAUUGAGUACUUUGCAGGGUUUUUUGGGGAGGAAAUGGCUGGAAUGGAAGACAUUGCAUGACUCUUGUCCCAUGACAGGAUAGAAACACUAAAAUUAAGACCAGAGGCUCCACUUCGUCUGAUACCGUGACCAGUACCAGAACUGUUGUUUCAGAUCCUUGUGAGGGGGGAAAGAGCAGAGGCACACAGGAAGGGACAGCUCGAGUGAAUGGAAAGCACAGCACCAGAUUCAGAGGUAAUGGGGAGGAGAGAGCUGCCUCACACACAUCUCCCUGAUCAGACUGACCCAUCUCCUCCCCUUUUUCUUUUCCUGUCUUAACUCUACCAUCCCUGACUUCUAUCUUUUUGCUCCACCCCGGCCUCCCUUCUCAGCAAGCCAGCUCUCUGCUCCACUCCUGUUUUAGGUUCAUUCUGUUUUCUAUUGGUUCAUUUUGUCAAAUUUUCUUUUCUUUUGUUUUCUUUUUUUCUUUUUUGUUUUGUUUUUAUGUUCAUUUCUGUUGAGUACAAAAAUACUAAAGUGCAACAACAAUGAUUAAAAAGAAUAUCAACCAAACUGAGAUGAAUAAAUAAAUAUAUAUAAAUAAAGAAAUAAUUUAAAAAGGU